AUGUCCUCGGUGGACUCUGAUGCAGAAGAACCCGAGUUGGAUCUCUCCAACUCUGAUGUCGUCACAAAAUACAAGGCGGCAGCCGAUAUUUGCAACCGGGCGCUGGCCGCCGUGGUUGCAGAGUGCGUGGAUGGCAGGUCCAUCGUGGAGCUGUGCAACCGAGGCAACACCAUGAUGGACGAGCUGGUGUCCAAGGUGUUCAAGGGGAAAGACGUUGAGAAGGGGGUUGCCUUCCCGACGUGCAUCUCCGUCAACAACUGCGCGGGCCACUUCUGCCCUUUGGAGAGCGACGCCGCGGUCAAGAACGGCGACGUCGUCAAGAUAGACCUGGGCUGCCACAUCGACGGCUUCAUCGCCGUGCAGGCCCACACGAUCGUCGUCCAGCCCGACCCCAAGGUGCCUAUCACGGGGAGGGCGGCGGACGUGAUCGCGGCCGCGCAGACGUGCUUCGAGGCCGCCCUGCGGCUGGUGCGGCCGGGCAAGAGCGUGGCCGAGGUGCCGGGGCCCCUGCAGGCGAUCGCCGAGUCCUUCGGCUGCAACCUGCUGGAGGGCGUGAUGAGCCACCAGCUCAAGCGCUUCGUCAUCGACGGCAACAAGUGCGUGCUCAACAGGCCCAGCCCGGAGGCCAGGGUGGAGGACGGGGAGUUUGAGGUGAACGAGGUGUACGCCAUCGACAUCGUGGUCAGCACGGGCGACGGCAAGGCCCGCAUCCUGGACGAGAAGGAGACCACCAUCUACAAGAGGGCGCUGGACAUGGAGUACCACCUGAAGAUGAAGGCGUCCAGGACGGUGUUUGGGGAGAUCAACAAGCGGUUCCCCACGAUGCCUUUCACCGUGGGCGCGCUGUCGGACCCGCGGACCAUGCGGCUGGGGCUGGUGGAGUGCCUGAACCACGGCCUGCUGCACCCGUACCCCGUGAUGUACGAGAGGAAUGGGGAGCUGGUGGCCCAGGUGAAGGCCACGGUGCUGCUGAUGCCCAACGGGUCGGACAGGGUCACGGUGGCGCCCCAGCAGGUGGUGCAGUCCGAGAAGAAGGUGGAGGACCCAGAGGUGCUGGAGCUGCUGAAGAGCGGCUACAAGACAAAGAAGAAGAAGAAGGGCGGCAAGAAGGGUGGCGGGGAGGAGGGGGCGGGGCAGGCCUCUGCUGCAACCACCUCGGGAGCUUGA